GCUUCAAAUGAUGGUAUUCACUGGACCGUUCUUCGCCAACACGUGGAUGAUUCUAGUAUUCAGUCCCUGUCAGGGAGCCGCGCUGCUUGGAGCCUAACCACGGAAUCUGGUGACGAUAGUACGAUUUCAGGUGAAGGGGAGAAAAAGGGAUAUCGAUUCUUCAAGAUCAAAUCAACAGGCGUGAAUGCCAACGGUGGACGUGAGUUGGCUUUAGGUGGACUGGAGUUCUACGGUACCGUCUGCGCUGCACAUGAUUCGGGUGAUACCAAUUUGCUACAAUAUCUUGACGGGAUAAUUUCUUCCGAUCGUUCAUCCGAAGGAAUCCGGCGAUUUUUACGACACAUUCGUUCACAGGACUCUACGGAUGAUGAAUCUUUGUCACAAUUCAUGUGGCCCAAAAAGCUCAGUCCGGGAGCAUCGCCUGUCGUGUGUGAUGUGACAAGCAGUCAGACUCAAGAAGUAUCUGCGGCCGUCCACGAAUCUGGUGAAACGAAUCAACCCAAUGAGGAUCCCAACUUGGUACCGCCGAGUGCAAAAUGGACCCGUGCCGCUGUAUCCGAGAUGGCUAUAGAGCCCCAACAACGAGGUCGACCAUCAGCGCCACAGCCGUCAGGACAACAACUACAACAAUCGUCAGGUGAUGACAAUUCGAACGAUUCAGCUACCAAAACUGUUUUGGAUAAGGCUUCCAAUCCGAUCGUCGCGGACACAAUUCCCAGCAUUGAACGAAUGCAUCACCACCACCAUGCACACAGUGCCCUGGGCUUUCUCGAUCAAUCUGCCGGCGCGGAUCUUUCCAGAUCCCAAACAACAGUAUGUUUGUUGCAUUUACUGUUCAAAGAUGUUUUGGCAUAUGCAGUGACAUGUGUAUCAAGUCAAGUCAGUAGUAGCUUUAUGCUCCCGGAUCGGUGA